ACACAUACAAGUGUUGUAACACACACACGCCAUUGACAGCUGGAGCAAAUAUGUCAAAACAAUAUUAUUGUUGUUUACAUUGUUGUUUAUAAUAAAUAAUAAAUAAUGGAAUGUGAUAAUCCAGUAAUAUAUGGUCUUGAAUUUCAAACAAGAGCAUUAUCAGCUCAAAAUGCUGAAACAGAUAUUGUAAGAUUUUUAGUUGGUACACAAUCAAUGAAAUUAAAUAGUAAUCAAGUACACUUGGUUGAAUUAAAUGAUGAAACAAAUAAAAUAAGAACACAAGUAUAUAAUCACAAUGUUGGUGAAAUAUGGUCACUACAAGCAUCACCAAUGGAUCCAAGUCAAUUUAUAACAUCAUACAGUUCAUUAAAUGAUGAAGGCAUGUGUGUUAUGAAAGGAGCAUUAUGGAAAUUACCUGAUGGUGAUAUUGAUACAAAUAAUAUUGAAAAAUUAAAUAAACUUGGUGAUAUUGAUACAACACCAUAUGGAAAUGAAUUAAAAACAAUUGUUUAUCAUCCAAUUGAAGGUGAUAAAGCUGUGUCUGUUGUUGAUAAUAAAUUUAUACUAUGGAAUUUAAAUGAAGCUUGUCCACAAGCAUCAACAGUUGGUACUUUAAUGACAAAAGGACAACCAAGAUUUACAACUGGUAAAUGGAAUCCACAUAAUAAUUGCAAUCAAUUUGUAACGUUAAAUGAUAAUCAUGUUAGAGGAUGGGAUUUGCGAAGUCCAAAUGAAGAAUCAUGGUCAAUUUUAUCAGCUCAUUCACAAGUUAUCAGGGAUUUAGAUUUUAAUGCAAAUAAACAGUAUAUAUUAUCAACAUGUGGUGAUGAUUGUUAUAUGAAAUUUUGGGAUAUUAGAAAUCCAACAGAAGCAAUUAUAUCAAGAAUGGAACAUUCACAUUGGGUUUGGAGUAUUAAAAUAAAUCGUUUUCAUGAUCAACUUGUGUUGACAUCAAGCAGUGAUUCUAGAGUGAUACUAUGCAGUAUUCCAUCUGUUUCAUCAGAGCCAUAUUGUCAAACAGUCAAUGAUGAUGAUACAGCAACAAUUGAAGAAUCAACAACACCACCAAAUAAACUUGAUGAUGGUGUUAUUGGUAAAUAUGAAGAACAUGAAGACAGUGUUUAUGCUGUUGAAUGGUCAUCAGCUGAUCCAUGGACAUUUGCAUCACUCAGUUAUGAUGGUAGACUAGUUAUUAAUAAAGUACCACGUAAAUAUAAAUAUAAAAUUCUAUUAUAAAUAUUAAUUUAAUUUUAUAAACAACAAGGAGUUGAAUAAAGAUAAAGCAACAAAAAAUUAAUAAUAAUAUUACUUUUUUUUAUUUAAUA